GCACUUUUUAAAACAAGUCAUUAGUGUGAAUAGCGAAGGAAAGUAUAUUUAUUAAAACGCCGCUUGAUGUGUAUUCUGGACUGCAGCGGGUUGCGCACUGCGUAGAACGUCGUGGCUAAAGUAGAUCUCUACAACACCGAGCGUAACUGCUGUCGGGUAUUCGCGGAGUCGAUGGGCUAUCCAUGUGACGUUUACAUCAGUAGGAAAUGCGUAGACUUGCAGAAUGAUCGUCACUCUGUUUGUCUAGUCCAAAAUGGCGCUGUGUUUACGUCUCUGCAUAAUCGUUCAUUAUCCCUAGCGAGUUUCAUGGAGAGCUUUUAAGAUUUUAUUAACGAAAUUUAGCUACAACACCAGUGAUCCACAGUAAACCGGAUAUUCGGUAAUGAUAAUUUAAGAUUCGUGGCUAUAAGGUUCACAAACUGCAGUGGGAAGGAUGCAGGCUGAGGCCACAGAAACUUCACUGAGAGAGGGCAUAGAGGGUCUGGGUGUGGAGGACCCAGAGAAGACUGCAGCAGCGCAAGAGGAAGAGGGCAACACCGAGCAACAGGACACGGAGAUGACAGCUGCCACAGAGGAAGAUACAGCAGCCAAGGAUGAAAAGGAUGGAGACUCAGAUGCAGUGGAAGGAGAUGCCCAAAAGGAUGAACCUCAGGCAGACGUGGAGCCGGAUGGUAAAGAGGGAGAGAAGGCUGCAGAGGCAGACAGUGAAUGGGAGGUUGUAUACAGCGAUGAGGAAAUGGAGGACCCGAAAAACUGGAUGCCCCCUCCUGCUGAGAUCAAAAGACUCUAUGAGCUCCUCGCCAAAGGGGAGAUGCUAGAAUUGGAGUUUGUGCCCCUCCCUAGGAGGCCCCCUACACCUGAACGUACCCCCUCACCUGAAAGAGAUGACGAGGAAGAGGCAGCAAAGGAAAGGGAGAGGGAGGAGAGAGAGCGCAAGCCUCCAACUCCAACGGAAUUCGACUUUGAUGAAGAGCAAAUUCAAGCCACCCCGAAAAACGCUUUCUUCAACAGACGCCGAACACCAGCCCGCUCCUCUGUGAAAAGGGAAGCUCGGUUGGACAAGGUAUUGUCAGACAUGAAGCGUCACCGCAAAAUUGAGGAGCACAUCAUGCGCACGGGUCGAGAUCUUUUCAAGACUGACAAGAAGCUGGAGGAGGCUCUGUCUCCCAACAGCCAGAAAGAGCGGGAGAAGGAGAGAGAGAGAGACAGUAACCCCAACACCAUCUUCUCCCCGAGACAGAGGAGAUAUUGAAGUAUUUCAGAGAUGAGGACUUGCUCAGAGGCAGAUGAGGCCAAGAGUUUUCCAAGGCCUUCUCAAAACUUGAAUUUUUAUAAAUUAACGUUUUGUAUGUUUUCUAUGUGUGUUUUGUAUGUUGGCAAUAAACAUUUUAACCCUGGAGAAUA